AUGCCAGAUAAUAAAAAAGACUUCUUCAUGUGUGUGUACCCUUGUGAUAUGAUUGUGUAUGUUUGUAGUGACAUGAGACACUUGUUGGUGUCAGCGACCUCCGUCACUGGUGGGGGACAACUUGUUGGUGUGCCACUAGCUGGUGGGAUACAGUAUGACAUCAACUUUAACGCACAGAAUGAAACCAUCUCUGUGCCCAAUAUCACCGUGCAGCACACACUUGAAUUCAGGGGACCUAGGCUUGUGUUUAUCAGGACAGAGUUGACUCACCAUGCCAUUUCGCCUUGGACAGAUCUGUUUAAUGUGACGUUGUUUGAGAGGGUUGGGCCGGGGUUGCAGGCCAUACUCGGCAAUGGCUUUGUCCCAGGGGUGUUUCACCCAAACAUCACACACAAUGGCCGCAACUCCAUCACCUGGCAGCAAGCCCGCGUUCCAGCCAACAGCAGUCUGCUCCUGGAGUACUUUGCAGAGCCCACUGGAAACAAGGGUAAAUUGCUCCCCCAGGGCUUCAGCUACUAUCCCAGUGUUAUCACAUUUUAUGAUACGAGCAACUAUCCGAGGGUUGUUGAGACUGAGACAUGUAUACAGAGGACUGAUGAAAUAAAGGAAACACUGCUGUACCAGCACGGUCUGACAGGUCUGGGCUUCAUCUUGGGGCUCAUAAUUGGGAUCCUCAUCAUCAUCCUCAUUGUCUUCAUCCUGCUUAGGUUCUGCAGGAACAAGGGUUGUCUGGCUGCUGUUUCCCCAGGGCCUGGCAGUGAGAAGAAGAAAUUCAAAGAGAAGGGGAGGAAAAUUGUAAUGGAUGCCAAGGCAGCUAUGAAGAAAGGAUUCAAUACAAUAAAGGAUUUUAGCUUGCUGGCCGUGGACGAGAGCAUCAUCCUCAUCUUGUCGCUCAAGGAGAAACUGCAGAUGUACAGAGAGAUAGACAACCUUGACAUCCUGUCCACCAUCCACGUGGACACCGACAUUGAGAAGGAGCAGAAUGAGGCAUCUAUUCAGACUUCACAACUGCUGAUACAGAGUCUCAGACACAAUGGCGACAUCAGUCCACAGACAGAAAACAAGGUGGUCACAGACUUCAAACAUCGUCUCCAGGAACUGGAUCGGCAUUUGGAGUCAGAGUUUAAGAAGGCAAUGGAGGAUGUGUACAAGGACCUCAGUGCUAAGAACAAGGAACGGUUCAGCACAAUGAUGGCCCGACACAAGCAGGAGAAAGCAGAUGCACUGAACAUGGCCAGGGACUCCACUGAUGAGGAGAAGGAGGCUCUGCUGUCACUGUUGGAUCAGCAGCACCAGACGGAGGAGAAUGAGCUCACCUACAUCCUUGCACUCGAGCAAAACGAGGAGGCAGAAAAACUGAGAAAGGAGUUUGCUAUUCGGAAACGUAUGGGCAUCAAAGAAGAACAGCAGCACUUUCUGAACAACACAUGUGGCACGGGGAAGUUGACUGCACAACAAGCUGACUGGCUGCUGAAGGAGCAUACAAAACAACAGGAGAGGCUACAGCGCAUGUACGACGAGGAGAUCUCACGUCAGAGGAUGCUCCUGGAGGAGAAACUAGCACGACGAAGGGCUCUGGCACAUGCAAGUGAGGGGCAGGAGGAUGAUCACGUGGAGAUGCUCAACACGAUGGCAGGACACCAGGUCACCGCUAUACAACGGAUAGGCAAGAGAGAGGUCCUGAGUGAGGCACAGGUAGAUGAAUACCUCAAGAAGGUAAAGGAGGAGAUGCUGACUGUCAAGGACAAGAUGGAGAAGGAAAAGGGGAGACAGGAAGAAGAGCUACACAAAAAGCUGAGUCAGCGCAAACAGCAGAGACUGUUGGACAAGAAGAAACAGCAAGACCAAGAAGUUCAGGAUUUCAUCAGCAAGAGUACGGCCCAACAAACAGACAGCAGUAUUGAUCCAAUAGCAUUUGCUGAAGGUUUGCUGAAACUCAGAUCACAUCAUCGUACAGAGUUAAGUGACCUUGAGAAUGAUAUUGACGGUGAGCAUUUUCAUGAAUUGGAGGAAUCAAGGAACCAAAUUGCAUUCACUGCCAGGACAGAACUAAAGGACAUGGAGAAGAAGCUUCUUGCUGACCUGCAAGGGGAGGGAAUGAGUGAAAGUCAGAUGAAUAAGUUCCUGAAGGAUCAUGACCGAGAACUGAACGACCUGUUGCGGCGGCAGGAGGGGGAGAGGGAGAAGCAGAAGGAGAAGCUGAAGGAGGCGCUGUUGCAGAGGCAGCAGGAGUGGGAGCAGCGCAGGGCGCAGGAGAAGCAGGAGCAGGAAGAGCUAAGGGAGCAUGAGGCCAAGGGCGUGAACAAGCUGAUUAACAGCCAGAUGUCAAUUUCUGAGGCUGAGAGAGAUCGCAUCUUGAAGGAACAUGAAAAACAGAUGGUACAGCUAGAAAAUAGCUUGACACUGAACAAGCUGCGUCAGAAGAGAAUGUUGGAGGAUAAACUGGCACAGAGAAGGGCGCAGCAACUCGAGAAGCUACAGCAGAAACAGGACACUGAAAUUAAGAAGCACCGUGGAGCUGCCGAGAACAAUGGUGAAGAAUCUGAUGCUGCCACACAUCGACAGGAGGCUGCCUUGAUGAAGAAGUAUGCAGUAAGACGGAUCACAAUACUGCAAGGUCAUGAGCUGAAUCUGGAGGAGGAACUGUCACAGAUUCGGCUGGAGAUGACAAAGGAGCGAGCAUUUGCCUUGAAGAGCCAGGAGGAGAGACUAGGAGCCAUGAUUGCUGCCCUGCAGAUGCAGAAAGCAAGAGAGAUGGCCCAGAUUGAAGAACAACAGAAGGCCAUUAAUAACCUCAAGGUGAACCUUAUGGAUGAGCUGACAGAUCGUGGCGUCCUCAGCUCCCCAGAGUGUGAGCGUAUCAUAGAGACACACAAGGAGAGACAGGAGCAGUUGAACAAAAAGCUUGACUCACAGAGGAAAAAACAAGAAAAAGCUAUGCAGGCGAAACUUCAGGAGCGGCUGAUGCAGAAGGAGCAGUCAUUGCUGCAGAAGCAGGAGCAGGAGAUGGAACAGAUAAUGCAGACAGCAAGAUCUAAGACUGCUUCAAAGAUCAGUCGUGCACUCCUGAUGCAUAAACAGAUGUUGCAAAUGGAACAAUUCAGAAACCAGAUGGAAAGGGAGACUACUCAAGUCCUGGAGGACAUCCGACGUCAGUAUGAAGUGAACAAACAGAAAGCUCUUCAAGACCAGGAGCUGCAGUUUAUAGCAGGCCUGGUGAAGGUGGGCGGGGUGCAGACGGAGGAGCUGGUGCUGGUGCUGCAGAUGCUGCACCCGGGGAAGUCUCAGACGCAGCUGCAGGAAAUGCUGGACAAGAUUGCAAACAAGGAUGCAGAAGCACAACCAAGCGUACAGUCAGACAACUCUCUCUGGUGGGCGUGUUCGAGCAUCACAGCUGGCAUCCGGGCUAUCCAGCAGACAGAGCUCCCUCCGCAGCAACCGCGGGAGCCCAGUGUAAUCCCUGGUCUUAACUCUUCUUGUCAAGUCCAACUCAGGAACUUUCAAUCUGUGAUGAAGCUUGUUGUGAUACCAUGUGCUGAUUCAAGAUGGCACAACACUUGAAGUUGAAGGCCUCUGCCCUCUUACUUAUAUUUGCAAUUGAAGUCUUUGUUAGUGUGCAAGCUGUUCAUCUUCAUUCUGUUACUGUCUUGUACUUAAUUUUAUAGUAGAUCAUACAUUUCUAAUAAAUAUAUUUUACUGCAGAA